AUGGCUCUUGAAACGGAUAAACGGAAUUCUAGAGAAGCCAAGAAAGUUGGUGGAAAUUUUCAGCGUCAUGACUCCCUAUAUGGGGAUGCAGAAAGAGUAUCAGACACAGGAUACGUUGUCUCUGAGUGCUGUGGAUUAGAUACUCACACUUACUACAUGAGACAGGAUAGUUGGGCUCGAACAUUGCAUUUGGCCUUCCAGUGCAUUGGAGUGAUAUACGGCGACAUAGGCACAUCACCUCUGUAUGUGUAUGCAAGCACCUUUACAAGUGGCAUCAGCAACGUUGAUGAUCUCUAUGGAGUCCUGUCACUUAUUCUUUACAGCUUAAUUCUUCUACCUAUGAUCAAGUAUGUCUUCAUUGUGCUGUAUGCAAAUGACAAUGGAGAUGGUGGCACAUUUGCUCUUUACUCGUUGAUAUCGCGGUAUGCAAAAGUGAGCUUGAUUCCAAAUCAGCAAGCAGAGGACGCAAUGGUCUCAAACUACGCCCUGGAAACCGUAUCAGCCCCUAUGAAGAGGGCUCAGUGGACAAAAGAGAUGCUGGAAAGUAGUAAGGCUGCUAAGCUUGCAAUUUUCCUCCUCACCGUGUUGGGCACCUCCAUGGUUAUCAGCGAUGGCGUUUUGACCCCAGCAAUAUCUGUGAUCUCUGCGGUGAGUGGUCUCCAACAAAAAGCACCUCAACUGAAACAGGACCAAAUGGUAUGGAUCUCUGUCGCCAUUCUAGUGGUGCUGUUCGCUGUCCAGCGUUUUGGCACGGACAAAGUGGGCUACUCGUUCGCGCCCAUCAUUCUGCUGUGGUUCAUGUUCAUUGCUGGCAUUGGAAUCUACAACUUGGUCGAGUACGACAUUGGUGUCUUGAGAGCCUUCUAUCCAAAGUACAUCGUGGACUACUUCAGAAGGAAUGGAAGGGAUGCAUGGGUGUCCCUUGGCGGCAUCCUUCUAUGCUUUACAGGCACAGAAGCUAUGUUUGCUGAUCUAGGCCAUUUCAACAUAAGGUCGAUCCAGCUCAGCUUCAGCUUCAUUUUGUUCCCGGCGGUGUCGUUAGCUUAUAUUGGGCAAGCGGCGUUCCUUCGCAAACACCCAGAACAUGUCCAUGACACCUUCUACAAAUCAAUUCCAGGACCGAUGUUCUGGCCAACCUUCAUAGUAGCUGUCUCCGCUGCGAUAAUCGCAAGCCAGGCUAUGAUAUCUGGCUCGUUCGCGAUCAUUUCGCAGUCACAGACAUUGGGCUGCUUUCCAAGGGUCAAAGUACUCCACACCUCCAAACUCUACGAGGGGCAGGUGUACAUUCCAGAAGUGAACUUUGUGCUUGGGUUACUCUGUGUGGUGGUGACAUUGGCAUUCAAGACGACGACCAACAUCGGAAACGCGUAUGGAAUUUGUGUUACUGCUGUGAUGGUUAUCACAACUAUCCUACUUGCAGUUGUGAUGCUUCUCAUAUGGAGGGUGAGCAUCUGGCUGAUUAUACCCUUCUGCCUGGUAUUCGGUUCCAUAGAGACUGUCUAUCUUUCUUCAGUUCUAUACAAGUUCAAACAGGGGGGCUACCUGCCUAUUGUGAGCGCAACAGUUCUGGUGACGAUCAUGGGUGUUUGGCACUACGUCCAUGUGAAGAAAUACUGGUACGAGCUUGAGCAUAUAGUGACAAACCAAGAGAUGCAAGAGCUGGCUCAAGCACACGACAUAAAAAGGACCUCUGGGGUAGGCUUCCUCUACACAGAGCUGGUGCAGGGUGUCCCGCCAAUCUUCCCCCACCUCAUUGAGAAAAUGCCCUUCGUUCACUCGGUCCUAGUCUUUGUCUCCGUCAAGCACCUGCCCAUCCCUCGCGUCGAGGUUGCAGAGCGGUUCCGCUUCAGGAGAGUUGAAUCAAGAAUCUCCAAGAUGUUCCGGUGCGUGGCACGGUAUGGGUACAUUGACACCGUAGAAGGGGCUAAGGAGUUUUCUGCCUCCCUGGUUGAAGGUCUCCAAUCAUAUAUCGAAGAAGGGCAUUUUAUGACAACUGUGGAGAUUGAGGACACUGAGCCUGAAACAACAACAACCUCGAUCACGGAGAGUCACACAAGAACACGUAGCUCCACAGUGCACAUUGAGGAGGCACUGAGGCCAAGCGAAACUACAGAGCUCACCCAGCCUCGCAUGGGCAGCAGCUACUCAGCACACUCGUCUGGAAGGAUCAGCGAUGAACAGUCCCGCGCAAUUGCGGAGGAGAAACAAUUUGUCCAGAGGGAGCUGCAGAAAGGAGUAGUCUAUAUCCUUGGAGAAACUGAAAUCUGGGCAGGACCCAAUUCUUCCUUUCUCAAGAAGAUCGUUGUCGACUACAUGUACUCGUUCCUGAGGAAGAACUUCAGGCAAGGGGAGAAGGCUUUUGCAAUCCCAAGGCAGCAGGUGCUCAAAGUGGGGAUGGUAUAUGAAAUUUAA